UACCCUUUACUUUUUUACAUUUUUUACCCCCAUCAAUCCAACUCCCUCCAUCAAUACAGUAGAGGUAAAUACACCCAACAACCAGAGGUAAAUACACCCAACAACCAGAUUCAGGCACCUUCAACCCAUAAUCCGGCAAAAAUUUCCGGCCACCUUCAACCUAGAAUUCCAAAAAAAGGGCCUACGGCCUACGCUAAACCCAGAAUUCCGGCGAAGAAGAGAAAGGUCAGACCCGCAAUGAUGACCCGUGGUGCUCCACCACCGCUCAACCCAUAAUUCCGGCAACGAUACCCGUGGUGCUCCACCUCCGCUCCACCCAUAAUUCGGCCAGAAGAGAAGCGAAGGGGAGUUAAAGUGGUCGGCCGGCGAGUAUGGUAGAUCCAACAGCAGCUAAGGCGGGACAAGCGGCGGCGAAGGGAGUGAAGGCUAGGAGAGGUAAAACGGCUUCGGUGGUGGCAAGGAAAACGCCGGCAAAUCGCAAGCGAGCAAUUGGAGAAUCUACCUCGUCUGUUUAUCUCACAAGUGAUGGUGACUCCGGUGUUCGACAUACUCGAGAUCGACGUAUCGACGCUUCAGUUAGGAGACAGGGAGAGAGGCAGACUGCACCGUUGAUGCAACCGGUGGUUGAGAGUGAGUCUUCUCGUCCAUUCGAUGACGAGGAUGAUGAUGAUGUGGGCUUUGAGCAUGAGUUGGAGGCCCAAUUGGACAUGGCCGAGGACGUUGUACCCACAGACGGUGUACCCACAGACGGUGUACCCACAGACGGUGUACCCAAAGACGGUGUAAGUUUUCCCAUUACUUUAGUGAUUACGAAGGGCACGAGAGGGAGGUUUGUCAGAUCUGAGUCGAGCUCUACCACUACUCCGAGAUUUAGUAAACGACAUAAGCAAUUGACAGAUGAUUCUUGGAUGGUUAAAGGUCAUACUCCCGGUGGUCCGACGGAUGAUAGCGUCAUUCCUAGCUUUGGUGGACAUGUUGCCCGACAGAUUUGGGACGGGGUAGAGAGACGGAUAGAAGUCUUGAAGUGCCAGAAUAGAAGCCAUGCUUGUUCGACUCUCAGGAGCUGGCUAGAUGAAUUUUCGGAUGAUUUGAGGCGACGUGUCGAUGCGACUGGAUUAUCUCACCUACCAUUUUGCAUGUUUCCUCAUAUCGACAUGCCUUUGAUUUCUGCGUUCGUUGAGCGGUGGCAGCCCGACACGAGCACUUUUCACAUGCCGUUCGGGGAGAUGACUAUUAUGUUGCAUGAUGUGUGGCAUAUCCUUCGCAUUCCAGUUGAGGGGCGUUUUAUUUCUGCUGAGAGUAGUAGCGAGCAUUUGAAGUGUGACAUGGUGGAGCUACUUGGAGUUAGUUUUGAUGAGCUUAAAUCCCCUCACUGGGUUGGUGGUGGUGUGGCAAUCGAGACCAUAAUCGUUCGUUGUCAUAUGGUUGAUCGGACUCCUGAUACGAGUUUGGUUGGUUGGAUGUUUUUGAUGCUUGGAACAUCGUUAUUUGUCGACAAGAGUGGUAGUAGGAUUAGACCAUCGAGCAUACUCGAGCUUAAGGAUGGUGGCGUAGAUAGUGUUACUCAGUAUUCAUGGGGAGCCGCCACACUAGCUUUCCUUUAUCGCCAGCUUGGGGUGGCUAGUCGGGGUGGCAGCCAGGGCAUUUCAGGAUGUUUGACGCUAUUGCAGGCAUGGAUAUAUGAGUAUUUUCCUACUUUUCGUCCACACACUUCUCGACUUACUUGUGAGCCGGGUACGGCUCGUGCCUGCAUGUGGAGCAUUAGACAGGAGCGCAGGAGUUUAGUUCGACUACAGUCAUUUCGUACAUCCAUAGAUCAGUUGAUGUCUGCAGAGGUAACAUGGUUGCCUUACGGUCCUGACCCUGCAUUGACUGUUCCGAGGACCACACUCUGUGGGUGGCUUCGAUAUCGUGAUAUUAUUGAGCCUUACAUGCCCGAUCGGGUUUUGCGUCAGUUAGGUUACAUGCAAGUCAUUCCAUCCCCGAUUUUGAGACCAGAGUUAUCCUCCGGAAAUUGUCUUCUGUUAGGGUUAUCCUCCGGAAAUUGUUCUUGGACAGCUGCCAAGAUAACAUUCGGCUUUGCUUGAGCCGAAGACAUAUCACGAACAAGUUUCUUUGCUUCUAGACUAAGGCCGCUCAUCUGUCGGUUGCCUUCUCGGUACGUAGAAAAUUCAUUAUUGUGCAUCCCGUUUUGUUCAGGACCCAAGCUAAUCACCCAACCAUUUUCACACGGUACCACUUUAAUCAGGAACUUGCAACCGCAUGCUUGA